CUGCUGGCCCCACGCAUGUCCCCACGGCCACCCUCACCCCACACACGUGUGCGCACACAUGGACAGCCCCCAGCCUUGGCCCCUGGGGAUUUCUCAACCCCUGCUGGGGGAGAAGAGGAGCCCAUCCAGAGCAAAUCUGGAAGUGGGGAAAGGGCUCCGAGGCUGGGCCCCCUCCCUGCAGCCGCACCACCACUGACCUUUGCACAAGCAGCCGUUGGAGAGGAUAUAAAGUGGGAACUCGGGGCAGCCCCCACUGAGCAAAGCCAAAGCACAGCGUGGCCAGCCAUGAAGGUCUCCAUCCUGUUCCUGCUCAUCUGCACGGCCAUCCUGGUGGUGGGAGCACGAGCUGAUGCUCCCGAUAAGACAGACGUGGUGGUGAAGAAGGUGCAGGAGUACGUCAAGCAAGCCACAGAGGCAGUCAAGACGGCCUUCACCACAGUGCAGGAGUCAGAGGCAGCUCAGCAAGCCAGGAGGUGGCUGUCAGACAAUGCCAACCUGGUGAAGCAGCAGCUGGCACGGCUGAAAGAGCAGCUGGCCGAACUCUGGAAGCUGACGCCGACCUCGUAGCCCGGCUGUGGGCUGGUGGGGGUUGACUGGGUGCAGGUCCUGCCCCCCAUCCCACACGCAGCACCAUUUCCCUUUUGUUGUGGUUCUUGAAAUAAAGUGGAGCUGGAGUGAGA